UGGGUGUUGCAGGUUGUGCUAGGAGUAGCUGUGUAGCUAUUAAACAAACUGUUAAGAGGCGUUAUUACAUUGUAUGCUCAAAAUGGAGGUAUGAGAACACGACAAUUAAUUAAUUAGUUACAAUUAAUUAGCUAAUGCCAGGUUUAUAGUGGAGUAAUGAAGUAAACUUAAGUUCCGUUUUGUUAAAAUGAGUUCCGUAACGUUAUCGCUGAAGAGGUUCUACAAGGAGCUGCCAGUGUGGAUUGUGGAGGACCACCACGAUGUGGUUUGUCACAUCUACCGUGCCAUUGCAUCAAGACACCUCCCAAUGCAGAACAUAAAGAUGGUUCAUUUGGAUUCUCAUCCUGAUCUGCUUAUUCCUGUCAACAUGUCUGCUGACACAGUGUUUGAUAAGGAGAAACUCUUCAGUGAGUUGAGUAUAGAAAACUGGAUAAUGCCCAUGGUGUAUGCUGGCCAUGUGUCCUGUGUGGCCUGGCUGCAUCCAUACUGGGCCCAGCAGAUCAGAGAAGGAGAGCACAUAAUGGCUGUGGGGAGAGAUUCAUCCACCACCACUAUCAGGGUGACCAGCACAGACAACUAUUUCCUCAGUGAUGGUUUGUAUGUUUGUGAGGAGCAGCUGGAGAACUCUAAACCUCUCAGACUGAACGUGCUCAAAGUCAAUCCUGUCAAACCAAGACAUGUUUCACUCACAGAAAGAAAAACUGAGGAGGACACAGAGAGGUGGUCUGCCAAGAGACCCCGGACAGAGUGCCAUCAGUCUGGGGAACCCAGCUCUGAGCGUCACUUCGUAGCCACUGACACACUACAGCCUGCAGAGGGCAGCAACAUCAAAGAUGAAAAGGGCUGUGAUUCUUCAGACUUGGGAGUUGAUGAUGAUGAUGAAGAUGAAGGAGCGACCAGUUACAUUGUUAAGAGAUUGUGUGCUUUUCUGUUUGAGACAGAGCCAUAUAUCUUGGACAUUGAUUUGGAUUUCUUCUCAUGUAAGAAUCCCUUCAAGGAAUUAUACACAGAGGAAGAGUAUGCCAUCCUUAAGGAGCUCUACAACUUCAGGGGACCCAGCCCUGAUGCCGAUGAGGAGGAGCUUGAUGAGUGCGUGGAUCGCCGUGUACAUCAGUUAGAGGAUCUGGAAGCAGUAUUUGCUGAUCUUCUAGAGGAUGAUGGGGAAGAAACAGUUUCACGUUGGGCCAGCAGUCCCGGCAUGGCUUUGUUAGCCCGACUGGUUUCCAGUUUGAAGUCAAGAAAUCCAUGCCCAGACUAUGAGAUGGUCCAUCAGGCAGGGUUAACCUGUGACACUGUGGAGCUGCCUCACCACAUCAGCACCGAUGAAGAGAUCGACAGACUCAUCUCAGCGGUAAAGCUGUUUCUGACGCCUCUGCCCAAACCUACAAUGGUUACUGUGUCCAGGUCCAGUCUAGAUGAAUACUGUCCUGUAGAGCAGGUGGAUUCAGUUCAGAGCAAAGUACUAGCUGUACUGGAGAGCCUGUAUGGAGCACUGGAUUUACACAAAGACUAUGAAAACAGCAGCACAGAGACUCUGGACUGCCACCCACAGGCCUUUUAACAAACACAUAUAUACUGUAAACAUCACUUUUGGAUGUAAUGGAUGUACUGUUUGAUACUACUGGUACUUUGGAUAUUGUUGCACUGAAUCCUAAUUAUGUUCUGUGUCCAACAAAUAGAAUAUGUUUUGAGGCCUUUGUCAUGAUUACAUAAAGUGUUAACAUGUACACGCUCAGAAGGAGGCAGAUUACUGUGAAAAUACUUAGUCUUCUUCUCGUUAUGGGUUAGUGAGUGUAGACUCACUAACCCAUUAAAUGAAAAAAUGAAAAAGUAUCCAAUUAAAAUGUAUAUCACAAUAAAGUGUGCAUUUAUUAUCUU